CCCAGGCAAAUGUGCGCUUGUACCAGUUGGUAGAGGGGAGAAAAGAAAGCAAGCGGUUCUGGGCCCCAUCCAUGGCAACAAGCUCCUUUCUCCUGAUCCGUUCCUUCGCAUAACCCUGCCCUCCCUUGUCUGCUCUGCUUCUGUUCUGCGAGGCUGGCUGGCUGAUGGUUCGUUCGUUCGUCUGAACCCGUCCAUUUCAGCCCUCAACCUCCCGCCGCUCCUGUUACUCACUCCUCCUCCUCCUCCAUCUCUCCCCCUACUCACACUCAUAACCUCCUCCCACCCCCAUCGUGAGCCUCCUCAUGCUGCGCGCCGCCGCCAACCCUCCACGAGCCGUCGCAUUCGUCCUCCCGUAAUCAGCGAUCCACCUACCCCAAGCACGCGCGCUUACUUGCGCCCCUUCCUCACCACUUCUCGUUCGCCCCUCGCCCGACCGCCCCGUUCGUCCCUUCCCUUUGUCAUACCACCGCCCAUCAUGAUGCAGAAUCGCAUCCUCACCCCGCGUCAUAUUGUCCGCGUCGUUAUCGCCUUCGUCUUUCUCACAGUAAUCACCCAACUAUGGUACUACGGCCCACCCCACGCCCUGCGCUAUCCAACAACCGGCGCCGCCAACGGUGCCCAUCCCAUCGACUACCUCAUCAAGCAGGCCCGUCAAUCCCAAGAUGACUUGCUGGCAAAACAAACCCAUGAUCUCAAAUCAUCUGCCGAGGCAUAUCGCAAACGCCGAGGGCGCCACCCCCCUCCAGGCUUUGACAAGUGGUUUGAGUAUGCCCAGAAGAACAACGCCAUCAUCGUCGAGGACUUCUUCGACCAAAUCUACCACGACCUGAACCCUUUCUGGGGCCUGCCCGCCAAACACACCAGGCAGCAGGCCAAGCAGCUUCCUUUCAGGAUUAGUCUCAGGAACCAUGAAAUGCAGGAGUUCAUGGACGACUCCAAUUGGAUGAAGAUUUGGGUCGGCAUGGUCGAGGAAUUGAAAGACUUGCUGCCGGACUUGGACAUGCCCAUGAACGUCAUGGACGAACCGCGCAUGAUCGUCCCAUGGGAGGACAUCAACAGUUAUGUCAAAGCGGAGCAUGCAGCACGCAGUUUGGCGGCCCCACAACACGUCAUCCAGGAGCUCUCUCCUCUCGAUGUGGAUGGAAACGAGGGGAAGAAGUUCGAGAUCGAGUUUAUCGAAAAAGGCCAGUACUGGGACACUGCGCGUGUUGCAUGUGCUCCCGAUGCGCCCUCCAGAUCUGUACCCGCCGUUUCCAACUCUUCGGGCCCUCCCCCAUACUGCACCGGCAAGACCAGCGAAAACUGCAAGCCCGACGCAUCCGUCUGGCUCUCGUAUAAUGGCUACGUUUCAAAUUGGACCAAAGUCAAAGAUCCGUGCCUCCAGCCAGAACUCCGGGAAUCCCACGGCUCCUUUAUCGAACCCUUGUCGCAAUCCUCCACCAGGUCGCUCAUUCCCCUCUUCGGCGGUAGCAAACUGCCAAUGAACAACGACAUUCUCAUUCCCCCUGCCAUGUACUGGGCCAAGAAAUCUCUCUAUGCAACUGGUGACACCCACGGUGCUGAAUGGGAAUCGAAGGCCCCGAGGGUGGCGUGGCGUGGCGGAGCUACCGGCGGUAAGCACCACAAGGACAACUGGACUCGCUUCCAAAGGCAUCGAUUCAUCUCGGUCAUGAACGGCACUCAAGUACGAGAAGCUCAGGCCGAUGAAAACCGCGAGGCUCCCAACUUCCAACUCCAACCGUAUCAACACUACCUGGGCACCGCAGGCCAAAAUAUGGAUCUGGCGGGCUGGCUCGAUGCAAUUGCCGAUGUCGGUUUCGUGGACCUCCUCUGCUACCCCAAGAAUGAGGAUCAUUCGUGCCCUUAUCUCGAUCCCUAUUUCAAACUUGUCAAGGGUAUUCCCCUCGAGAACAUGUAUGAUUUCAAGUAUCUCCCAGAUAUUGACGGAAACUCGUUCAGCGGGCGUUACCUUGCCUUCCUGCGAUCGGCUUCACUCCCAAUAAAGGCGACCAUCUACUCCGAAUGGCACGAUUCUCGUCUCAUGCCCUGGCUACACUUCGUACCCAUGCACAACUCUUUCGUCGACAUCUACGGAAUACUAAAGUACUUCAUUGGAGACGUCAAAGACAACGGACAGGGACAGUUGAAGACCAAGCACGGACAUGACAAGGAAGCCAAAACUCUUGCACUUGCUGGUCAAGACUGGGCCAACAAAGUGCUAAGAAACGAGGACAUGCUCAUCUACGUCAUGAGGUUACUGCUGGAAUUUGCCCGAAUCUGCGACGACAAGAGAGAAUCAAUGGGAUUUGUCGGCGAUCUUGAAUAA